UACAAGAGAAAGGAAUCAACAAGGAGAGCACGAGCUGGCGUUUGGAAGCGCCGUCGCUUCUGUCAGCGGAGCCGAAAUCCAGCCGUGCCUCGAAUGUUUGCUCAGCCGCCUGAAGCUCUGAGAAGAGGACUUUAACAGCUACAACUUCCGAGGGGCGUCGUUUUGAAGGCAGAUCAAUCGGCAGUACAGGUGGACGCUGCUCUCGUGGCAUGACUACCACAAACAAGGGAAACAAGGCCUUGAAGGUGAAGCGGGAACCGGGGGAAAAUGGCACCAGCCUAACAGAUGAUGAACUGGUGACCAUGUCAGUGCGAGAGCUGAACCAGCAUUUACGGGGGAUGACAAAAGAAGAAAUCCUGCAGCUGAAACAGCGGCGGCGUACUCUGAAGAACCGGGGCUAUGCCGCAAGCUGCCGCGUGAAGCGUGUCACCCAGAAGGAAGAGCUUGAAAAGCAAAAGGCUCAGCUGCAGCAGGAAGUGGACAAGCUGGCUACAGAGAAUGCCAGCAUGAAGGUGGAGCUGGAUGCUCUGCGUUCAAAGUACGAGGCCCUCCAGAGCUUUGCCAGGACUGUGGCCCGCAACCCUGUCACCUCAGCAAGGGGACCUAUGGCUUCUGUCAUAGGUCCCCUCAUCCCUGGUAAAGUAGCUGCCACCAGCGUCAUCACCAUCGUCAAAUCCAAAACAGAGGCUAGGUCAUAGUAGCAGAAAGAAGAUCUUCAAGACUAAACUAGUCAGUGCAUUGUAACAUGGCACAGGAUUGCCUGUGUAAGUUCUCAGUUUUACCAAUGGCACUAACACUAACAAAAGGCUUCCCAAAUUCACCCAUACAGUCUGAGACAGCAGUCUGUGCUUUUUCAACAGGCAUGUCACCAGGGUGAUAAAAAUACAACUGUUGGAUUUAUGAUGUCACAGUUGGUGGAAUAUUGCAAUAUUGAAACAUUUAAAGUGAACAACUCAAGAAGACUGCAUCAGGUGGCCGAACUUCAGACUGGAGUUUGGUUGUUGAUUUUUGAGAAGCUGUAUGUAACUUGUCUGUUUCCCUAAAAUUGGGCCUUAAGUCUUCUCCAUCCCAAGAAUUGGCAUUUGUAGAGUCUCGCAGGUGGUCCAAACGAGUAAGAAAAUAAAUUGGAGCCAUUAUACCUCACAAGAUCCACAGUACAGACUGGGGGGGCACAUAUCUUACUAAGAACCCAUUUCCUUGUUAUUAUGCACUGACUUAAAUUAGGAUAAUUGACAAAUGGUCACAGACUCUUGGUCUAAAUGCUACAGAUGUCUUCAAAACAACCUGACAAACCCAAAACUCAUAAAUUAGUCCAAUUUGUGAUUCUGUUGGUUGUCUGUUGAGAAUAUAAGCAUGAAAUGAUGCUCCCAAAUAUAGCAUUCAUUUCUGUUUAUGCAUCUGUGACAGGCUUCCAUGAACUUGUCAUUAUCACUAUGACUGGUAGAUGCAAUAAUAAUAUAUGUAUGCACUGAAAAUACAAAGAGGUCUUGCAUAUUUAUGGUUAAGUGGAAACGUUAAAAAAUGAUCAGCACUUCUUAAUGAUAUUGUUCCAGAGCUGAGUGCCAUUCCAAUAUGACAAGAUUCUUACGAUAUCUGAAAACCUGAAUGUUAUUACAGUAAUAUCCUCAUGUUUUGUGGGGACAGUGAAAUCCACAAACAUUUUGAAACAUGAUUUUUGCUCAUAGAGGAAAUAUGUUGAUUUUUCUUUAAAAUAUAUUGCGUUUUUUGUAAUUACUUGUUGACAGGGCCGUCAGAUAUUUCCAAAAGAAAAUCUUUACACAAGCUUUACUGUUUGAAUUGUUAAGCUGUAGAAAACUUUGUCUAAAGUUGACUUCUUGGUUUUUAUUACUAGGUAGAUUACCUUCCAUUGUUUAUAGAAAUACAGAAAAAGAAAACAUAAAAAAAAAAAAAAAAUCCUGUGACAUCUUUUUUGCAAUUGUACCGAAAGUGGCUUACUAUUAAAGUCUGAUAGCUUUUUCUAGUGACUAGGCGCGUACUGUGGGGUAGCGCGUGAUGUGACGUGUAAGUGACAAGUUGGCAGUGUUGUUCACUGUAUAGAUGUCAAUGCUGUGCUAUUUAAAACAAAUCUGUAGAGCUAAACUAGAUGGUGUAAACAAGGUCAAUUGUCUUUGUGCGUAUUGGCAUAUGUGAUAUCCUCCGCUUCCUUGGUGUUAGUUACAAAUCAUAUUGUCAUUACGAGUUUACCACAUUGAGCCACGAAUGACAGAAUUUGGUGAAAUGGCAUUAGUGAACAUGAACUCAAAAGCCUUUUGAAGCUUAAAGUGGUAACUGAAUAAUGGUUGCAUUUGGUGCUGGAUGCCCUCUAAAAACAUCCUCUGUAACCGGGAAGUAAAGGAUUUUAUUAUUACUAUUACAGCAUCCUCCUUGGUAUGAAUUUGCAUUGCAGGGAUAGAAUGCCCUUAAAAGCAAUCUUUUCGAAUUUACCUGUGGGCAUGCAAUUAUUCUGCAAAUGUUGUUGACAAGCCUUGCAGUUUCUCAAGCCAGUACAAAUAAGAUUUUAUUGCAAGGUUAACCUCGAAAAGGUAUGGCAUCACUCUUCUAAAUCUACCCACUGGUCUUCAGAUGGUCUGAUUAAAAGCAGAAGGGUUUGGCUGAAGGUUUGUAUGCACUAAAAGCUCCUGCUUGUUUUGCUCAGGACAAAACAGGUCACUUAAAAUGAGCAAACAAUUCUAGAUGAGAAGCAAGAAGGCGGGGAUGGCAGCUCUGUUCUUUUCUUCUUUCUUUUUCUCCUUUCUUCUUGUUUUUUUUUUCUAUUAAGCAUGUCAUAAAGGGCUUCAAUCCACACUCAGAAAGAGGCACAGUACGACUAUGUAGAAUUACAAUCAACAGCUGCCAGCAAGAGCUCCUUCUGUGCCAAGUGUUGCAUCACUCUCCUGGUCCUCUAAAAGGAAUUUAACACUGAAGCAGGUCUGCACCUCAAGGUGAAAGCAGUUGUUUAAUGACAUUAACAGAAUGCACUUCGUCCAGAUUUCCCUCUCCUGCUGGUCAGAACGUCUUACAGUGUCGGUCCAGGUGUUAAUCUACAGCCGCUCUCAGACAACAUGCGGCAGUGAAACUCCAUGCCGGAGGUCUGAGUGCUGGUUAUACCGUCUGUAUCCUUUGUCAACAUGCUUAGCUAUCUGCAUUGACUGGUUAACUGUGGGAUAAAAUAUAUAUAGCUGACUCUUGACAUAGCCCAGUAUCGAUGUUGGCGUCCUUAUUGCUGUGGCAGUCUUGUGGAGUGAAUCUUUUUUUGUGUCAAGUGUCUUUAAGGUGUUCGAGUGGCACUGUUGACCAAUCUCUCAAUCUCCUCUGGGGAUGAUUCUCUUUCUCACACAUACAGCUGUAUAGUAUGUAGCUACAGUAGGUAUUAAUGACCGUUGUGAAAAAGUGACCCUUAAUAUGCAACUCAGUGGAAAGGUGUGAAAGAGUAGAUGUAAGAGUAAUCAAUAUUGUCAAAGUUACCGUCUGUUCUUUAAUAAUUCUUGAUGUUUUGUAGAUUUUAUUUAUUUAAUUUUUUUUUGUAAGAUGUGUUUUUAUUUGUCCUUGUGAUUUUUUUUUUUUUUUUUUUUUUUGCAUUCCUUUGUGGGAGAGCAACUGGCCCUCGGUUACAGUCGCUAACAAAGGAAUCGUGUAACAGUUGCACUCAAGCCUUACUCAGUUACUCUGGUCUUAAAUCAUCUGAAUUACAAAUCCAUAAAUUAGGAUCUUAACUGAAAGGAACUGCUAUUAUUUAGAUGUUUAUGCACUAAGUAAAGAGGAUGCUACAAUGGAUUCUGCCACAAGGGGCACUUGCAAUAUAUUUUUUUUCGUGUGUGUGUGUGUGUGUGUGCGUCUGCGUGUGUGUUUGUAUGGUUGAGGUUCCUCUGCUGCUACACCAGUCAUUAAUGCUAGUUGUUUGCUGUAGCGUCAUCCGCAACAUUUCUGUUCUCAUUAUGUGUUGAGUAUGUAUUUGAAAUUGAUCUUAACACUGUAAUUUGUUCUGCAGAUUUAAUUUUUAAUUGGUUAUGGCUUUUUCUUGUUUAUUAGUUUUUCGUUUAUUUAUUUAUUUUUUUUUAGCAACAUGUUAGAGAGGAUAAAUAGCAGCACUUGUGUGGCAGUUGAUUUUAAUAGCUCUGAAGACAUUGGCUUUUUUCAUGAAAUUAUGCUUUGUAAAUGGUUGACUGUGCAGGUUUUUUUCCUCUUCUCUAUGGAGUGGGUCUGUGUUUCAAAGGUAUACAAAUCUGACUAAAGCGAGUAAUACAAAGUUAAUAAUCUGUUUUGUUAUUUUUCUGUAUGGGUUGUAAUAAAAUAUUGCAGUACUUUGUAUGAAAACAGACAAUAGUUAAUUGUAACUAUUUAUAAAUUAAAUUAUUGUACUUUUUGCAAUCUGUAGAUAAGUACUAUGUAUUCAUAUAUACAGUAACAACUGUGGAUUUAAAUGUGAUUCUCUGAGGUGUCUAAGUUAUUGAUGUAUAUAUUGUAUGUUUGUUGAUACAGCUUACUUUAUUUUC